AUGAAGAAGCAACAGAUUCAAUACUAUCGUGAUAUCAAGGUUUAUGUCCACGAAGCAAUAGUCGACGAAUUCGUCAAAGUCAUGAAAGAAGAAAUAACCAAGACCGGUCCAUCUGGGGACACCCUGAAUAAAGACACCAUCCGCGGACCUCAAGCCGACAGGCUACAAUUUGACCGAGUAUUGGGCUUUUUAACCGAAGCUCACCAAGAUAGACUCUUCAUUAUGUUGGGCGGUAACUGUGAGAACCAGCCCGGUUUCUAUUUCAAACCCACAAUUAUCACGGAUGCCCAUGAAAACCAUCAAGUCAUGAGGGAAGAGCUUUUCGGCCCUGUGGUGGUCAUCAACACGUUCACAGGUGAAGAAGAGGUUAUGGAACUUGCAAAUGACACUAAAUAUGGCACCUACGCCUCCGUGUUCACCAACGACAUCCAAUGCGCCAUGAGGAUUGCCAAACUCUUCAACGCUAGCAUUGUGGGCGUCAACUGCAACCUCGCCUAG